AUGUCAUCCCCGGCUGCACUUCCUACCGGCUCCUCUGCGUCCUCCUCUUCCACGCCCCUAUCUCAAUCUCAGCCAAAACCCAAAUACUCCAGCGCAGCCUUCCUACACCAUCUUCAUAACGACCCCUCCUCCCAUCAUGUCUCUCUCACCGCGCCAUCGGUGAGGCAGCCCAGUCUACCCAGCGAGCGGGGCGCAGACGAACCCGCACCUGAUUCGCGGCUGCUCUCGGAAGACAAUGCGCCAGGGUCUUCCGCGCUGGAUAGGCCGAUGCUGCCCACGCGUCGCUCGUCUGCAGGUACCGCGCGGACCCUCGCCAAAACAGCGUCUACGCCCGGCUUUGUGGACUCGCCUUUAGCCCUGCCGGCUACAACGGUCAUAUCGACGCUUAGGCGGGCGGGGUCGAAACGCGGUCGACCGAUGACUGCUCCAGGCGGAUCCCCGGGCGAGCCAUUCCUCCCCUCUACUUCGCCAAUCGAAGGCAGUCCAGACCAUCGUACCGUCGAUCGCAUGGAGGAUCCACCGUACAUACCCGCGCAGGAUGACUACGAUUAUAUUCUGGACAGCAGACCGGAGGAUGACCUGGGGAGCUCGGACGAAGAGUCGCGCGGAAUGGAUGCCUGCGGGAUCUCUGAUGUCGAUGGGAUGGGACAGGCAUUGGAGAUGAUGAGCAUCUCUGGGAAAAGGAGGCGAAGAAGGGGACCUACGCGGGUGGUGGGCAGGGCGGAUGACUCAUCUGAGCGGAGGCCAGAGGAGACGCUGCCCAAUACGGAUCCGCAUGUCCGCGUCACCCAGGAACCUAGCCGUCUGCAGUCCGACCCGUCUCCCAGCAAACGUCCCCCUCGGAUGUCGCCCCCUGAUCUCGACUGGAGGACAUUCGGCAAGGCGUACGCAUACGGAAAUUUUGACCCAAACAAAACACCGCAAGCUCCGGCAACCGUACUGUCACCUCAACCUCGCAUCCCAACCGCCCGUUCGUCCCCCGGCGAAGGCUACAGACCGUCGUCCGCGUCUGCCCUGCUGCACGACACGGACACCUCUAGCUCCCGAGCGAGUGGCAGUACUGGCCCCUUCAGUCAGGCGUCCGGAAGCUCGGAUUCCAAUACGACCUUUGCCUCGGCGGGAUCAGCCCCGCUCACGCAAUCAAGCACAUCUGUGCCUACCCAGGGCGGUAUGGCCGGGGCGCUGGCGGGAAGAGGUCGUGCCUUUGAGUUGGAGACUUUGGCGAAUCGAAAGGCGGGGACAAGUUCAGGGUUGCGCUCGAACCAACUGGAAUUACCGUCGUACUCGCUUGCCGCGGCGACCGUUCGGAUGGCGUCGUCCCACAUUCCCUACUCUGGGCUGGCGCCGCUAGGCAUACCCAGCCCCGACCGCGAAUUGUUGGACCCCAUGGCCAGCAUGUUCUCUCCAUCAUCAUCUUCGACAUUGCGAGAUAACGCGAGCUCCGACACCGGUGGGAGCCGCUUUACUCUCAGCCGGUCCAUGUCAACAGCUGCGGUACCUCGGGAUAGAGCGGGUCAUCAUCUGCCCACCAUCGCGGCCAGUCCCGCUGGCACGCCUCUGGAACACCCUGCUCAUGGCAAGGGCAAGGGCAUCGAGCUACCUCGUCGCGCUACCUCGCCUCCCCCCUCUUUAUCUCGGAUACUCGGCCCGGGCGGUAUCGUGAAUCAACGGAUUCCGCCAGCUACCGCCCCGGUGGAGAAGGUUAUUGAGGCGGAGAGUGAGGAGGACUACUUUGGUGCAGCGGCAGCACCCAAUUACGAGCGGAACCAAUCCUACCGGUCUCAAUCCUCGUCCAAUCAAACGGUCACGCAGACUGCCACCCCGGCAGUCCGUUCCAGAACGCCCGAAGGACUCUCCUCCCAACCCGUCGCCGACGAACCAAAAGUAUCUCCUCCCCCUGCGUUUGCUCAACCCGGGGAAUUAGGUGCGCUAUACGACAAAUACGGCUGGCUCCCCGCGCCCGUCCCUCCAGAUGAGGCCGCACGUCGUAAGGCGCUCUACCGGUUCAACAUCCUCCACACAUCUCCGGAUGUCAACUUUGACCGGAUCGCACACAUGGCGAAAUUGGUGUUCAGCACCAAGAUUGUCAUUAUUGGACUUACCGAUGCCGAGACGCAAUGGCACAAGACGGAAACGGGGUUGGGUGCGACAGAGGCUUCCCGAUUUUCGAGCUUUUGCAGUCAUACGCUCCUGCUCAAGACCGACGAGCCACUAGUCGUCCUCGAUGCCCAGCAGGAUUGGCGGUUCGCCAACAAUCCAAAUGUCACGAGUGCGCCGCAUCUCAGAUUUUAUGCUGGUGCUCCUCUCCGCACCUCCGACGGUCACAACCUCGGCACGUUAUGCAUUAUCGACGACAAGCCGAGAGCGGAGUUUCCACCGCGGAGCAGACUGAUCUUGAAGGAGUUUGCGGCGGUGUGUAUGCGAGAAAUGGAGCUAUGGCGGGAUAAGCUCCAGCUCCGAGUCCGCGAUCGGAUCCAGACGUCGAUGGAGCGGUUUACUCGGGAAUGUCUCGAAAUGGAUGCCAAAUCAUCCGCGUCGUCUGGCGAAGCUUCCACCAAGAUGGACAAGGUCUACGCCCGCGCUGCCGAGCUUGUCUGCACCACGCUGGACCUCGAUGGCUGCUUCAUCCUCGAUGUCGGCCACUUUGAGCUGGUCGACGUGGAGACGCCCGAGGGCAAAAAGUCGGUGUACAGGGCGGACCCAUACACCGGCGGGGAACAAGAGGACGUUCUAGAGGUGAAUCAGGCGUUCGGACCGACGAGUGCACUCCCAGUACUGGGCGCCUCGCCUGCCGCACUACCUACUCGGUCGCUCACCGCUGAGGAACACCAAAAGAUGUCGGACUUUUUGCUGUACAACAGGGAUGGGCGGAUAUUUGAGAAUGUCGCGCCGAGCUGGAUCAGAUAUAUGUUCCCUUCGGAGUUGCGGUACGGAAUGGUGGUGCCAUGCUUUGGCGUAUAUCAGCAACCUUUCGCCCUCAUCGUCGGCUACACGUGCAACAAGGCGAAGCAAUACCUCGAGGGGUACGAGCUACAGUUCCUCCGGGCCAUCGGCGUCAUCAUCCUCUCCGCUGUCCUUCGCAGGCGUAUGGUACUUGCCGACAAGACCAAAUCCAUCCUCAUUUCCUCAGUCAGCCACGAGCUCCGCACACCCCUCCACGGUAUCCUCGCGGCGGCCGAGCUCCUCAGCGAUACUGAGCUUGACUCCAACCAGUCGGCAUUUCUCAAAACCGUUCAGACGUGCGGGAAUACCCUCAUCGAGACCGUCAACCACGUCUUGGACUUUACCAAAUUGUCUGGCUCGGUCGGGACGUCCAAGGACGCGUCAAUCAAGCUCGCCAAGGUCAAUUUGGCAAACCUGGUGGAGCAGACCGUGGAGGGUGUGUGGAUCGGUCAGCGGGCGCGAUUCAUGGGGGAUUCGGAUGUGGGGUCUUUCUAUGCCCCACCGUCCUCGGCGUUGCAGGAUCGCGCAGCGAGAAUGGCAAAGGACACGACGCACGUCGAGACGGUGGUAGACGUGGGACAUAGGGAUAAAGGAUGGAUGGUCAGGUGCGAGAGAGGCGGUCUGCGGCGGGUUCUUAUGAACCUGGUCGGAAACUCCCUCAAAUUCACCAAGGACGGCUACAUUCAGGUCACUUUGCGAGAGCUGCCCCAUCCGCCAGGUUCCAAAACCAUCCCCGUCGAGAUGGCGGUCAUCGAUACCGGCAAGGGCAUUGGCAAGGAAUUCCUCAAGGACCAGUUGUUCCACCCCUUCUCGCAAGAGAAUCCGCUCCAGACAGGUACCGGUCUUGGUCUUGCCAUUGUCAACAGCAUCAUCCGGUCCGAUAGCGUCAACGGCAAGGUGGACGUAUGGUCGUCGGAGGGGUUGGGGACGGAGAUCCGGAUCUCGUUCGAGGUGGAGGUGUACGACGAGGAGGAGGAUUCGUCCUCGUCAUCUUCGUCGGCUAUCAGCUCGGCGUCGUCGGGAUUCGGGCGAGGACACUCGGUCAGCAUGUCUGGUUUCGACACCAAGCAUCGCGGCCAGGUACUCGCCCUGGAGGUCUUGGCGACCUAUGCGUCUACCUGGUCGUUUGAUCUUCGGGAUGAUGGCGAUAUCAUCAUUAUCAACGAGGAUGAGGAGUUGUUCCGCUCGGCCAGCCAAGCCGGUCGGCCCAUCGUCUUUGUCACCUCGACACAAACGCCGUCACUCAUGCACCUUCGAGACUUCAUCAAGCGGUCAGGCAAUUUCGUCCAGGUCAUCCACAAACCCGUCGCGCCGACACCCUUUCGCGGAGCCUUACAAGCUGCCGUCGCGUGGCUGGACCGGCAGGAGGAUGGAGGGUCUACACCUAUCAGUGAAAUGGACCGGCCGUCUCUUCCGCGCGGCGAGUCAAACGAGAGCGCGUCGACCAUCUCGGACCUGCAUCAUCGGGACUUUUCGCGGCAUAGCUCAAGCGGACCGUCCACAGGCCGACAACCCCUUUACCGACGGCGGUCGGAAGAGCAAGACGUAUCGGCGCAUGUUCCCCCUCGGCCGAGUAUGGCGCCAAGAGGCAUCACGUAUCAUACCGCUCCCGUGCGCCCACCUCCUCCUACGUCUUACCGAUCCGCAUCGAUUUCGGGAGACACGGACUCGGACUCGCCACAGCCUGGAAGUCCGACGUCCUCCACAUCACAUAUAUCGCACAUCUCGACCAUCUCCUUGGCUGGUGGUGGCGUCAUGCUGAAGGCGGCGCAGCUGGCCCCUUCCGCACCGCGACCUGAUGGCAAAGCGAGGGUAUUGGUAGUAGAGGAUAAUGUCAUCAAUAGGCGGGUACUGGGAGCGUUCCUGAAGAAGAAGGGUUGCGAGUAUGCCGAGGCCUUUGACGGUCGAGACGGUGUCGACUUGUUCGACUCGACACCCUACAACCACUGGGACAUCAUAUUGAUGGACAUUUCCAUGCCAAACAUGAAUGGUCAUCAAGCGACCAGGGCGAUUCGUAAGAUCGAGGCCAGCCGGAGAAUGGGCAGACCAGCCGAAACGCCGCUGGUACCAGAGGCUGGGCAGCCUAUCUUAUUACCCUCUCCCAGAGUUGUACAAUCGCGGGCGAAGAUAUUUGCGUUGACGGGGCUGGCGACGGCGGAGGAUAAGCGGGAGGCGUUCGGGAGCGGGGUCGAUGGAUAUCUGGUCAAACCUGUAUCUCUCGCUAGUUUGGAUGUGGUUUUCAAAAGUGCGUGUCUCGAUGUUUGA